UUAUCUUUAAAUAUUCUAGCAAUUUAUAGCUGAUAAAAAGACUGAAAGAUUGGUGCUCUCACUGUGUGUGAAAUACAUGAAUGGCCCGUGUUCGUGGAAGGGCGAACUGAGAGAUAAAAAGAAGCACCUGACGAAAUGCGACCAUGAGGUGAUCAAGUGUGUGUUUGACGGAUGCGACACGAGACUCGCCAGAAACUGGAUGGAGAAGCACGAAGAGACCUGUGAAUGGAAAAUAGUCACGUGCGAAUUCUGCGAUGUGCCUUACCCCAAGAGAGAGGAGGAGACGGUGAAGCACCGGGGUGAUUGUCCACUUGCCAUUCUUCCGUGCAAAUUCAGCGAUAUCGGCUGCACGUUUGAGGGUCGUCAGCAUGCACACGUGGCUCAUUGUGAGAACGCCCUCCAGGCCCACCUCGAUAUGGCUUGCGGCACGAUCCGUGACAACAACAAGGAGAUUCGUAAGAACAAUAAGGAGAUCCGUGACAACAAUAAAGAAAUAGAAACUCUCCACAAAGAACUCAAUACUGCUAACCAGACAAUACGUGAGUUGAAGGGGCAAAUGGCAAAACUUGUUGGAACGUUCGUUUGGAGGAUUUGCGACUACAAAGAUCUGUACGAAGAAAUAUAUAGCCCUUCAUUCUACACCUCGAAAUACGGGUACAAGGUGCAGCUUAAGGCAUAUCUUGACAGGAAUCCUUUCACCGGGGGAACGCAUCUGUCGCUAUACGCAUGCAUCAUGGUGGGCGAGUACGAUGCUUUACUGGAGUGGCCUUUCAGACGCAAGAUCACACUUUACGUCAUCGAUCAAAGCGAUCAGCGGAAACAUGAGACUCUUUUGAUAAACCCUGAUAAAGUGCUGUCAGAUCGCAAAAGAUGUUUCCACGGACCCAUUAUGGGUAAUAACGUUGGCUAUGGUCUCACUCGCUCUUUAUCCCUCGAGGAGCUGACAUCGGGCGGGUUCAUCGCGGAUGGCGUGAUGUUCAUCAAGGCGGUGGUCGAGUGAUACCACGUGACAGAGGGUGAACACGAAUUUGAGACUGCCACCAUAUCAUAUUUGAAUAGUAAAAUAUCCGCCAUAACUCUAAGGUAUUUGCCCAGGCUUAAAAGGUGUCUUAUUAUAUUUUAAAAGUUACGAUAAAGUUGUGGUUAUUUCUACAAAAUAUUUAUAAUCUAUAAGAUCUGCUGCAUCAGAAUUGUUAUGAUUGACACCUUGAGGUGUUAAGCUCAUACUUUUUUGUUUCGUUUUUAAAGGCGAUUGAAGGCAAUACAUACUCGAAACCUUUGUUCAAAUUGCUGAAACAUCUUCAUAAAGUUAACUGAGAAACUAAAAUUAUCCUUUUUCCGAGCCUAUAGCCUAUUGGCCGAUAUGUAACAUUGUAAAAAUCUAAACAUUGCGUUAUUUGAUUUGCAUUAUGAACCGUGUAAGUGAAAAAGAAACAAAACUACAAAAAGUCAAAAAUAAGUUCAUCACACCGUGAAGCGUGAGGGCCGAUGUUCGCUUCAUGCUUAAUUAUGCUAAUUACGGUAUUGUAACACAUUUUGAUACAUUGUGAAUAAUAACAUGAA